AUGUUCAAUCUACCAACUGUGUCCAACCAGGGUGAGCUCGUGUCUGACGAACUGGUGGUGGGCAUUAUCGAGGAAGCUAUCAAGCGGCCGUCCUGCAGCAAGGGUUUCAUCCUUGACGGCUUCCCUCGCACGGUCGUUCAGGCAGAGAAGCUUGACGCGAUGCUGGAGAAGAAGGGUCAGAAGAUCGAUAAGGUUCUCAACUUCGAUGUUCCUGACGCCGUCUUGGAGGAGAGGAUCACCGGCCGGUGGAUCCACCCUGCCAGCGGACGUUCCUACCACACCAAGUUUGCUCCUCCGAAGGUUCCUGGAAAGGAUGAUGUCACUGGCGAGCCCCUGAUGCAACGGAAAGAUGACAAUGCGGAGACUCUUCGCAGCCGACUGGCGGCAUUCCACAAGCAGACCUCACCAGUCAUUGACUACUACGCUGUUAAGGGCAAGGUUGCCAACUUGCAUGCAGAUAGGAAGCAGGAAGAAGUUACUGCUGAGGUUCGCGCUGCCAUGAAAUGA